AUGGAGACCAAUGCUCGACCUUGUUUGACAGACAACGACAUGAAUGAUUUCGUGGACACAGUGAAGUCCUGCCGGCGGGAUCGAUACCUGCUGCCGUUUGAAAUCCUGGCGCAGAUCAUCUCGAAUGUUGUCCCACGCGACGGGCUCUGUGUGUCAAACCACCCCGACUACCACUCCGAUUUCGCCACUAUCGGGUCGCUUCUGAGAGUCAGCGUCGCGGUCCAGAACGAGCUCCUUCACCGCAUAUUCAGCCUACCACUGCAAGUCCGUAUUUCGAGCGGAAUCAGCUGUCGCUGCUUGUUUGGGGUGGAAGGAUUCUCCAAGACGCGGCUGGGCAGGGCAGCCGUUCUCCCACUAGGAAGAUUCCCAGAGAUUGUGGUGACGUUUGUCCCACGAUUGCUCAUGGUGCCGUGCGGGUACAGGAGCCAGACGCCGUUCUCAGUCGAUUUCCUGAGCGGCCACAGAGGAGUGCUAAAGUUCAGAACUGACAUUCGUUGCAUAUCGCGGCAGUCUCAGGAUCUCGCAGAGGCACUUAGCAGACAUCCAGACACCAAGGCUGACCGUACGCCUCCCUUCAGAUUCAGAUUUGAUGGAACUCAUGGCAUGGACGAGGUAAACAGGCUGAGGGAGAUACCUCUAUGGGAGGUUUCGGUGCUUAGACGGCUGUUGGAAAAGUGGCAGUGGGUUUGCCUCCCGACGGUGUCGCACCAUACUCCGGGCUAUCAGAUCGACGUGCCCGAGAAAGUCGUGACUGGGGUUGUCUUGAUCUCGAAGUAUAACCAGGAUGACAACCUCACCGGCAUCAGUCUGGAUGACUGUCCCGAUGUGGUCGCUCGCUACUGGAAGGGCCUCUUGCUAAGUUUCUAUACGGAUUCGUCCCCGAUCAUUAUGGAGAUUGGAUACAACAAAAAUCGCAUCAAUCGUCGUUUCAUCAUUACCGCGAGGAAGGCAACAGAAGUCCACGGUGCUGAAGACCUAUACGAAGCGGAAUGCUUCAUCCAAGACACAGACCCGCACUGA